CUACAGACUACGGUUUAAUGUUUAACCGUCAUAGCCUCUUUCUUGUAAAUUCGUUAAUUAUUUUAAUACAUCGUCUCAUUAACUUCACAUCAGAACGUCACUCGGUACUUUGUCAUAAGCCUACUUAUAUCUAUAACAGCCGUACAUAGGUUUUUCUUCUUUAUCUGUACUUUUAUACAAUCUAUUUUACUCAAAACAGCAUUUCCAUCAUUGAUUUCCUUGGCAUAAAAUCAAAUCGGUUCUUAUAUAUUUAUUCCUCACUUCUAAUUCAUUUUUCUAUAAUAAUUUUCCUUAUCUUCAUACAAUAAUUCGUCAAUUUUAUUUUUCCAUAAUUUCUACACUCAUGUACACCUUCUCUUUAAAAAUAAGUAUUUUACAACUUCUAUUCAUUUAGUAAUUUUUUCUAAUAAAAACUUAUUGAAAACAAUUUUUUAAUUAUAGAUUUUUUAACUUAUAGAUAGUUUAUACCUAGCACCUCUAACAUUUUCUACACUUUCACUGGUACACCAUUUGGGCUUUCUUCUUUUUCAAUAAUCUCAUAACUCAUCAUACUUGAUUUUUCAUUUGAAUCUACCAAAUCUUUGUUCUACAAAGUACUCUUAACACAGCAGUUCUCAACCUCUUUAUAUCCGCAUACCGUUUAUACAUUUUUAAAAUUGUUCACGUACAGUACUUGCCACAACUAUUAGGGUUUUUAUUUUUUUACUUAUUAAAAAAAAAAUGUGUAGGUAUGUCAUUUACACACAAAUUUUUAUUAUUUAAUCUACAUAAUUAUUAGCAUGUCAUAUACUAAAGUACAGUUAUUAUUUUUAUUAUUAUUUGUGGAUUAUAUGAAAAUUAUAACUAAUAACUUUUUUUUUUCACUUGUCAAAAAAUUUCUCCAUGUUCCACCUUUGAGCUUCCGCAUACUUAUGCAUACCACAGGUUGAGAAUCACUGCUCUAACAUCUAUUUUGGAUACUGUUCAAUCAGUAAUUUCUUAAAAUGAUCCAUACAUCUCUCUUUUAUAUUCUCAUCAUUCAUUAGUACACUUUUAUUUUCACUUUUUACACAUAUAUUAUCAAAAUUCCUGGAUUGUUUUUUUUCUCUAACCUUGGCCAAUCAAUAAACUUUUUCACCAUCCUUAGUUUCUAGCUUCUCAUACAACUCAUUAUAUUUCUUUAAAUUUGCUUCGCUUACCAUAAUUUUGGCUUCCUUGCAGUCUUUUUGUACUCUAUCCAAUCAUUUUUCUUCUUGAUCUACUGCCAAAACUGGAAUUAUUUGUUUUACUAGCUAUGACUGAACUUCCCCAUUCUAACACAAGUUUCUUUGUUCUUUGGCUUAGUACUCUAACUCUCAUCAAUGAUCUUCUUCACAGAAAUUGUAUUUCUUCUGCCUCUUGAUAACAUAUUUGGUGAUUUAAUUUUAGUUGGUUUAAAAAUUUCUAUUUAUUAUUUAUUGAUUAGAUAUUUAAUUUUUGAUACCAUUUAGGCGGAAGCAAUUAUUUUAUUAAUAAAUAAUAAACACAAUUCAAAGAAAUUUUCAUGUAAAACGGGAACAGAAAACAUGUUGUGAGGUAAAUGUUAAAAUUGAAAAUGUAUGUAUUAGACUGGAAGCUCAUAUAGCUGCUAAUUUCGAUUAAUAUAUUUUAUUAUUUUUUAAUUUUAGAUAGGAGACCUGAAAAUAAAUUAAAGUUAUGGAGCUUUACUGGUCUUCAUCAAUUGAACAAAUAUGUGCAAUUUCUUGGUAUAAUAGUUCCAGGUAGUGACUUUAGCUUUCAAUCACUAAUUAAAUUUAUAUAUACUUACUGUUAACAUUAAGUUUUUAUUAAACAUUUUUACUAUUAGUAAAUUAAUUUUUAGUGUUAAUAUGAUAAUUAUGGUCAGCAAAGGUGUUAAAUUUGCUAUGAAAUGUUGUAUCCUUAAUAUAUACAUUUUGUUAUUUUCCUUUUCUAAACCACAUGAUUGAAUUUAUUUUCAGAAUGGAUUCCAUGGAAAAAAUUCAAACAAACAGUUCAGAUUUUUAACUGCAAUCCAUUUCCAGGACCCAAAGAAUUAGUGGACAGAGGUAGAAAAAAAAAGAGAGUAUUAACUUCUGAUCAGAGUUGGUGAUGGGAAUUUAAGGUAAAAUUAGUUUUAUCUUUGAUUGAUAUAUUAUAUUAAUCAUACACAGAAUCUAAAAAAACAUUAAUUUUUAAAAUUACCUAUAUAUAAAGGUAAUAGUUAUAUAAAAUAUAUAUACAGUCAAACUUCUAUUUAACAAACUUGAUGGUUCUUUGAAAAAAAUUUUGUUGAAAAGAAAUGAAAAAGAAACCUAACUUUGUUUUGAACUUUUUUCAACAACUUAAUUUUAUUUGUGAUACUUAAAACUUUUCUUUUUUACAUACUUAAUACACAUAUAAAACACAAACUACCAUAAUAAACAACCAGCAAUGACUAAUUGGUGUCCUUAUGGCUGACUUUAUAGUAAGUUUUAUAAUAGAUCAUCUCUUGUAUAUCCACUGUGAUAACAAUAAUCUGAAGUAAUUAAGUUUAACGAUAGCAUACAAUAUCUACUUUUGACAAGUAUAUACUUUAUAAAUAACAAUAUUUUUCAUAUUUGUUAAAAAAACUAACAUAAAAUUAAUUUGUUAAAUAGAAAUGUUUUUAAAAACCAAAUUAAAAUUUCAUGGUACCAUAAAAUGUUAUAUUAAGAGUUUUGUUAAACAGAAGUUUGACAGUAUAUAUAUGUAUAUAUAAGAGACAAGAAAAAAAUCACUACUGCAUAUUUAUAAAUUUAAUUUAUCUAUAGUCUAUAUAAUUUGAGUUUGUUAACAUUUUUUUUUAAACAUGCAAUUUUGUUUUAUUUUAUUUUUGACCACUAAUGGUUCAUUUCUGUAUUAAAAAAUGUACAUAUAAUAUUAAGGAUUACUCAGAGUUGUUACUUUUUUUUUUUUUAAACAUUUUUGUUAUUCAGUAUAUUAUUUUUUACAAUUACUCUUAAAAAUGUAUUAAGAAAUUAAAGAAUUAAUAAUUCAAUGCUAAAAAGUAUAAUAAAAUAAUAUAAUACAGGUAUAUAUUGGUUUUAUUUCUAUUAUAUUAUUUUUUUAUGCUUUUCAGCUUUGAACUAAUAGUUCUAUAAAUUCUUAAUAUAUUAUUGUCUGUAAUGAAGUAUAAAAUGAACCAUUAAUAUUAAAUGCAAUUAUUGCACACUUAUAAAUUUAAUUUUUCUAUAGAAUUGGCAUUUGUAAACAUUUGAAAAUACCAUCAAAUUUUUUUUUCAAGAAUACAAUUUUGUUUAUUUUAUUCUUGGCUACUAAUGUCUUAGUCUAAUUUCUAUAUUAAAUUUACACAUACUGUUAAUAAUAACUUAAAGUUGUUAAUAUUUUCUAUUAUAAAUUUUUAUUAUUCACUACAUUGAAUUUUAGUAUUAGGCCAUAGUUAGAAUUACUUUAACAAUAAAAAAAAAAUAUAAUAACAAUUUUUCAUAAAGAAUGAUACUGGAAUUGAAAUUUAAAAUCUUUGGAAAUAUAAUAAUGAUUAUAAAUUAACAAUUAAAAAACUAUAUAAAUUUAAAAAAAACUAAAUUGUGAUGAUAAUACAUUAUAAUACAUUUUAUUUGAAUAACAAUAUAAUAUUCAUAUUUUAAAAACUUAUGUUUGUUGUUAGAUUUUUGAAUUUGAAAUUCUGUGUGUGAUAAGUUAUAGAGCAAUAGCAUACAAAGCAAAUCAAAGUUUUAUAGUGUUAAUAAUGUUCAUAAAAUGAUUUCUUUACCUAUAAAUGUAUUUUUUUGUAUAGAAAACAUUUUUCUUUUGUAUAUAUACUGACUGUCUGGUGAAGAAUACCCCUUGAAUAUCUCUGGAGAUAAUAAAAAUAAUCAAAUUCUGUUUUUUUUUAUAUAUAUAUAUAUAUUAAUCGCAGGGAUGAGGACUAAAAAUAUAUAUUUUUUUAAUUAAAUUAAUUUUUUUAGUAAAACAAUUAAAAUUAACUUUUUAUUUUAUUAUUUUCGAAAAAUUUUAAGAUUCUGUAGAGUAUAUUUUUUUGAAAAUGUUCAUGUAUCACACAUUUAUAUACAAUGAAUAGUUUCUGAGUAACAGCUAUUUUAAAUUUUACUAAUCUGUGUAAAAACUGAUGUUAUCCUCUAAUGGGGUUAUUUUAUUUCCUAGAUAACAUCAGUUUUCACACAGAUUAGUAGAAUUUACAAUGACUUUUACUAUAAUGAAUUCUACAGAAUGGCUAUCUUAAAUUUUUUUACUAAAACCAAACAAAUUUAAUUCAAAUAUAAAUAUUUGUAGUCCUUAUACCUGUGAGUAAUGUAAAAAAAAAAAACAGAAUUUGAUUAUCUUUAUUAUUUCCAGAGAUAUUCAAGGGGUAUAAUCUUUGUGGGACAGCCUGUAUAUUAGAUGGUUUACAUCAUGUAAAGAAAAUUUAAUUUAAAAAGAUAAUUUAUCUAAUUUUCAACAGUACAUUUUCAGUAAAAAUUUCUACCAACAAAAUUCUAGUUAGAAUAUUUAUUGUUGAUUUUAAUUUAUUUAUUUUACAUUUAUAUAAUAUAUUUUGUUAGUAAAUAAGUUUAGUAGUUUAUAAAAUAUUGUAUUUAAUCAUCUAAAAGUAAAUGAUAAGUUGAUAAUUCAAAAUUGUAACUAUAAAAUAUAUAGGUACAGAAUACAGAUAUAAUAACAUGUUGUAUUAUUAAGGAGAUUUCAUUCUAAAUAAUUCAAUAUUCUAUCUUCAUGGUUUAAUGUAUUUUGCAUUCAAUAAAGCAAUAUACUCAACUAGACAAAAAAAAACAUCCAAACAUUCAUAAAAGUUUUAACUAUAUAGCAUAUAUUGUAAAAAAACAAAGUAUCAUUAAUAAAUAUUUGUAUUUACAUACUUACAUUUAUAUAUUUUGAAUUUAAACUGUACAAAUAUCAAUUAUUUUAGACUAUGAACUACACUUAUACAAUACUCCACAUUAAACAAUAUUAAAAUUAGUUACUCAUUUUAGUAUUUAGUAUAAAGUAUAAUAAAGUAGAAACAUUUAUAUGAAAAUAUUUUCAAGUUUUUUUUAUUUGCAUUUAUUAUUGUUUUUACUUACUUACAUGGCUAUAUGUUAUAUCUGUAUUAUAUUGUAACUGUAUAAUUAUUUAUAAUUUUAAAUUGUCAAAUUAUUUCUUUGAAAAUAAUUAUUUAUCCUUUUUAUAAAUUAUUAAACUUAAUUACUUGUAACAUAGGAUAAAGUAUUAAAUUAAAAUUAAUUCAACUCUAAAAUAAGUAAAUAAUUCUAAGUUCAACCAAAUACUAUAAAGAAAAAUAUAUGAUAGCUAGGUAUUACCAUCAAUGUGCCUAUCAAGUUACAUAUAUCCAUAGUUACUUAUUUAUUUAAAGUUUAGAUUGGAGAUGUAGGGAAGGGCAAUUAAUUGCAUGAUUGCACUCUACACUACUUUUACCAUACAGUAUAAACUUUAAAUAGUUUUAUUUCAUAAGCAGUAAAUCUGAUAUUUGUGUUAUAUAUAUCAGAAUUUCUAGAAAAAUAUUCCCUGUUUAAAUCUGUGUUCAAAAACAGGGGUUCCUAUUUGAAAAACAAAAAUAUAUACUUAAAUAAGUAUAUAUUGAUAAGGUAUAUGGAGUAGGGGUAAAAAAAUCAAAAAUUAUUUUAAAAUAAAGCUUAACCAGUUCUACAUUGAUUAAAAAAAAACAGAAAUCAAAUUCAUUUAAAAUCCUCUAAGAAAAUUGCUGGUUCAUCAUAAAAAAAUUACCUGUGUAGGCAUAAAAAUAAAAACUCUGGCCAACCAAACCAGUAUUAAUACACAACAUUACCUAAACUAUCUUUUUGUACUUGCAGAUCAAGUUAUAAACUAAUUUAAAUUAAAUCCUUAAAAAAGUCCUUUUUAAGGCAUAAACAUGUUGAUUUAAAUUUUAUUAAGAUUUUGAUUAUUAACAAAAAUGUCAAAUUUAAUUUUUACUAAAUUAAUAUUAACUUAAAUACAUUUUUAUUUUUAAAUUUUAUCAGUUUUAAUUAAAAGGAUUUUAAGUAAUUAGAUUUUUAAAGCAUUUAGACUAAUAAGUAAUAAUCAAGAGAAAAAUAAACAUACUUCUAGUAGACCAAUUUCAAUUUUGUAAAGUAAUUUGAAUUUAUUAGUCUCUGUUCUGUUAUUUUAGAAAAACUUUUUUCGUCUCAUUGAACCUUUAGAAUAUAAAUUCAUUUUGAAAAAUUAGGUAAAUUAAUUUGUUACUUUAAUACAAAAAUUAUCGAAAAUCUAAAUUCUACAAAACACAGAAAAAAGACUAAGGAAUACAAAUUAUUUAAAAAAAUGAAAAUUUAAAUAGUAGAAUUAGGUUUAUUUCUCUUUCAUUUUUGGCAUUAUUCAUUGUCAUGUAAAUAAAUAAAUAUUUUUGUGCUUGUGUACUAUAACUUCACUACAGUCGGGUGAUAAGAAAUCUAUUAUUAUAGUGAAUAUCUUUACAUGAAAUAUAAUGUAUCAAUUAAUAUCUAAUUUUUUUUUCAUAAUAUUUUAUUUUUAUGUAAGUAGGUAUGAUCUACAAUAUACCUUAGAAAUAUGAUGUGAAUAACCUUGGGAAUAUGAUGUUAUAUUUUUAAAAAAACAGGGGCACUGAGCUUUUAUUGAUGGGAUGCCCAGGUGAAGGAUUUCAGUAGGCAUACAAUAUUGUUUCUGUAGGGUGGAUGAUUUCACUUUUUAAAUUAUGAGCAGAGCAAGCAAUUUAUUGUUUGUACAAUGAUGUUUAUUUUAUAUUAUUUUUUUUUUAUCUGUGAACAACUUUUUUAAAAUUUUGCUCCAAUUUAUAAUGAUAGCAUUUUUAAUUUUCCCUGGAGUUUUCUCAAUAAAUGUGAAAAAUCGGGAAAAACCAGAGGAAAAGGGGAAAAUGUAUGUAAUUUAUAGAUAUUAGUAAAAAGCUAUCCUAGGAUAAUAGAGACACUGUGUAGCCAUUGUUAUAGGUAAUUUAACGUUUAUCUAUAAGCAACAACUAACUAUUGCUAAUGAAAUUUAUGGAAUAAAUAUGAAGAAAAAAUGGACAAUUCGCACGUGGGUGCAGUUGUAGGUGGAAAGUUAGGAAGGUACGAUACAGAAGCGAAUUUAACAAAUAUUUGUAAGCAACGAUAAACCAUUGUUAACGAAAAACCUAUUCUGAGGGGAGUUCAGUAUUAAUAGUGUUGCUUUGUCAACAAUAUAUAUGUCAUAUUAUGGUGAAAUAAUUACGUAAUAUGCAUUAUAUAUUUUUUUUAAUAAUAUUUGUUAAAUAUUGUACUUAUUUUCCUGGUUUUCCCAUACUUUUUCCCCUUAUUUGGGCAAAUCUAAAAAUGACUUCCCUAAAGAACCUCUUCAGUCCAAUUUCCUUUUAGAAAAAAUGCUAAACUUGAAAAUCGGAGCAAGAUUUCUGGUAGAAAAGUUGUUCACUGAUAAAAAAUAAACAUUAUUGUAAGACUAUGUUUCUUCGGUUCACUUAGAAUCUAAAAAAUAUUACGGUCUUUUGUUUUCUUGUGAACAACUUUUCUAAUAGCAAUUUUACUCCGAUUUACCAUGAUAGCACUCUGAAAGACAAUUUUAGGGUAGUAAUUUUUUGAUUUUCCCAGUUGUUUUCAUAAUAAUUGGGAAAAACCGAGAAAAACCGUAGGAAAAACGGGAAAAUAGUUACAAUAUUAAACAACUAUUAUUAAAGAAAAUAUAUAAUGCAUAUGUAAUUAUUUUACCAUAAUUUGACAUUUAUAUUGUUGACAAAGCAACAUUAUCAACCAGACUUCGCUCAUAAUCAUUUUUCGUUAGCAAUGGUUAAUCGUUUCCUACAUUAAAUUUCCCCUCCAACUUCUAAACUUUUUAUUUACAGUAGUGGUCAACCCUGCACCCACGUGUGAAGUAUGCCUGUUUUUAUUUUGUUUAGAACACUUAUUUUUAUUAUAAUAUUUAAAUAUAGAUAGGUAUUCAAAAUACGUACCUAUCCAAUGAAUAUUAAACUAUUAAAAAAAAAAAUGUUGAUGUCACGAAAAAUGACCAGAGAGCGCUGUGAUCUAUACGUCGCGAUCAAUGCGCCGUAACCCGUGCGCCACGAUUCGUGCGUCGUGACCCGUGCGCUUUUCCCCGAGUUCCGAUCGGUAGCCAUAUUUUUUGUCAAUAGUCUUGCAAGCCAAAUAUCACGGGUGGUGAAGACUGGGGCGCAGUCUUCUUUAGUUCUCUACAUCGCGUUGACGCGGUUUUAUGUUGUUUAGAAAACGCCUUUUAUAUAAUCUAUAUACCUUUUAGAAUAUUAAAAAUAUUUACGCUUCACCACCAUUUUUAUUAUUAUUAGGUACUAUUUUUCUUCAAAGUAUUAGUUUUCCUUUAUUAUAUUGUGUGAUAAAGUAUUUGUUUGUGUUUGUUUUAUGACAGAACGGCAGAUAUAUGCGUUUUCCGGUACACCACUGUAUGUUGCAGAACUCAACCAGAUAUGACUCGACUCGCGGUGGCAUGACUGGUGCAGGUGGUACUCACAUUAUACCAGGCACGUUGGCACAGUAUGUUGGCCGCCAUUACACAACACAAGUGAUGCCUGCACUCGGUUACUCAAUUCCGGCAUUGACUUGGGUGCAGCAAAAUAUGAUGCGACCUGCUCCGCCCCAUCAUUCAACUCAAAUCGAUGUAAUAAAUAAUUACCUAUCUAAUUCAGGUGUACCCACAUAACUUUCACACCAAAAACACUUUAAAAUGACAAAUGGCUGUGAAUAGUUAGGUUUUUUUUUUUUUAUAAAACUUCUGUGUGUUAUCAGAUGAUUCCACAAGCAGAUCCUGGUGCAGUUCAAUAUGGUUCAAUUGUAUCACAACUCGCUACUGAUACGUCUGCUUUACAAAUUGGAAACUGAUUGGUAAGUCUCUUGAAUUCCAAGAGCGUUUCUACUGUUAGCUAACUAUACAUAUAAUAGAUACUUAGCAAAUACCCCAACAGUAAUAUAAAGCAAUAGACUAAUGAUUAGUUCAAUUUACAUUUUGUAAAUCAAUUAAAAAAUGAAAAAAAGACUCCAAAAAUUUAUUGAUAAUGGCACUGGUACCAGUACCUAAUAGGUACUGGACUUGGUAUCCAUAAACAACUAAGUUUUUUAAUGGUUUAAAUGAGUAUUUACCAUGUUUUAGUAGCUGGGCCGCACCCUGGUUAUCCAUACUAUACAAGCAUUGCACCAAACAUAAUUCAUACUGUUCUAAUCCAGACAACAUCAUCCACCAGCAACAGUCUCACCUAUCAACAUAAUUUGCAAAAAUAAAAUGAAAAAAAAAUCCAUACCCAAAUCAAACCUGUAUGUAGUAUAGGUAAGGCUAGUAACCCAUAUUUUGUUGUUUUUUGGCUCACGUAUUUGUUUGUGUUAAUUACUUUUUCCCCCAUUUAUUUUUUUUAAAAAUGCCAUUUUAAAAUUUAGUUGGAUUUGUUUAGUCCAUAAAAUUAAUAUAAAACAUAAAAAAAUAAUAUUUAAUGUGUUUUUCAAUAGAAAAAAUAAAUUUACAUUGUACAUUAUUAUUAAAAAUAGAUUAGUAACAGACAAUAAUGGGUUAACAGUUUAAAAAUUUAUUUAAAAAUAAUUUAUUUCAAUUGUGGAUUUCUUGUAGACUAGGUAAUGAUAAUAAUUUUAAUUAUGUAACUAUUAGUUUUUUAAAUUCCACAUGGAAUUCUCCUAAAUACUAAAAUCAUAAAAAUCAUAUUGUCAUAGGUUUUUUUUUUAUUUUAAAUAUAAUAUACCUAGAUUUUAUUUGAACAGUCGCCUUUUAUUAUAAUUAAUUAAUUUAGGUUAUAGGUAAUAAGUGUGAUAAUAAGUGUCUAUAGUAAUAUAAGUAUAUUAAAAAAAUAGGUGUAUUGUUUUUUUUCUAAGGUAUAAUAUGUGUUUUGAAUUUUGUUUUCCUUUGAUUCAAAUAUAUUCUACAUAAGCACAUAGAUUUAAGUUUUUUAUUUAUUAUUUUAUUUUACUUGUAUUGUUAUUAAUAUUUACUCUAAUGGUAGGUAAUUCAUGUAAAAACCAUUUCCGAUUUUGCAACUCUGUAAGUCUUGUUUACUCCAAAUUUACACUAAACUGUGGUUAAAAUUUUUUCUUUUUUUUUUUUCUUGCAAACAUUUUAUUACACAGAGUAAGUGUGUAUAAUAAUAUAAGUACAUUGAAAUAUUUUUUUUGAUUUAUAAAAUUCGAUGGUGCAGGCUGAAUUUGAAUUGGUAUUUUUUUAUAACUUAAAAUUAUAUUUUAUUAAACUUUUCACGAUAAGUAGUUUUUCGGAGCAGGUCUCAAAUAAAAAAAAUUCCUUUUUUUCCGAUUGGACCGAUGAUAAAUAAUCUUUUUAUUGCCUACCAUAAAAAAAAAAUUUUGUCCACUUGCAAGUUUCAAUAAUAUCAGUUUAAUUGGAUUUAGAAAAAUUAGCAGCAAAAAAUAGAUCUACACGAAUUUCGAAAUUUCCGGUUUUGCCGCUUAGUAAACUCUUUUAAGACAUUUUUUUCGUUUUUUCCUGUUAAAAAUUUAUUUUACUGUGUAGUGUAUGUGUCUAUAGAAAAACUAAAAUAUUUUUUUUCUUAAUUAAACAUUCCGUUUUUGGAGAAUUAUUAUAUACGCAAUAGACAUACCUAACAAUAUUAUUAUUAUUGUGAUUAUUUCUAUAUCUAUAUGAUUAAAAUUAUAAAGAUAGUCCGUAAGUCUUAUACAAAUAUAUUGUAAUAACUAUAUAGUAUUUAUAAGGGUUUAUUAUUAUUUAAGUUUUUAUUUUCUUUUUUUCUUUUAUUCGUACCUACUAUACCGGUAGAUAAUGGGAACACAAAACAAAAUAGACGUAAGUUUUAACACACAUGUGAACAACGUCGUCUUUUAAUAUAGUAAUUAAUAAGUAAUUAAUAUAAGUACCUAUUUAUAAUAAAUGUAUAGUUUUAUAAGUAUAUUAAAAUAAUAGAUUUUUGUAUUUGUAUUUCUUUUCUUUUAAAUAGACGAUUUUACGUGUGUGCUUGAACGUGCCAGUGUGCAAAUCGG